AUGCAGCCAGAGGAUGAGACAGGCUCACUUGCAGAUGAAAUACAAAGGACUGUAGAAGAUGCCUAUCUGAAACUUCAACCGAUUUGCAGGCCGGGGGUGCGCUCUAACAAUGUGACUGAGUGGACAGUGCUGGCUGGUGUCGUUGCCGUUGAUCAAAAUUCGAAUAUGGACAAACUUCGAUUAAUCUCUAUAGCUACAGGCGUUAAAUCUUUACCGGAUACAGAGUUGAAAAGAAGCAAUGGAAAGAUACUGCACGAUUGUCACGCAGAGAUUCUUGCAAUCAGAGGGUUGAAUAGAGUGCUUUUGGAACAUGCCAAUUAUUUGAAAACCACCGGCGAAGUUGCGACAGAUUUACUAGUUUUUGAUUCCUACAGCAACACUUUUCGCUUGAAGGAGAUGUGGGGCCUAGCACUUUACAUAUCUGCAUUGCCCUGUGGAGACGCCAGCAUGACUACUCUGAGAACAGAAGCCUCUUCAGAUAACGAAACUCAGGCAGUUGUUGUUGACGAAAGUGAUUUAAUUCAGUACGUUGAUGGUACAAAUAAAACUAUUUUGCGAGGUAGAAUGAAUUACGAAAAGUUGGGUAUUGUAAGAACGAAACCCGGAAGAAUUGACUCACUUUUAACACUCUCCAAAUCCUGCUCUGAUAAAUUAUGUAUCAAACAAGUCACAUCUAUUUUAAACUGUAUGACUUGGAGCUUAAUUACUGGCCCCGUAUACUUGAAAUAUCUCAUAAUCCCAUUAGAAAAUGUAGCAGAGGAGCUUCAUCUACAAAGAAGUCUUCAUAAAAGGAUUGAAAACGUGAACAUGGUCCCGAUGAAGAUUCUCAAAUGUCAUAACAGAUUUUUGCAUAGCAAGUCCGAAAAAGCUCAGGAGCCUAGUGCAAUGGCUAGCGUGAAGCUAUUCUUCAAUCUGCCAAACUUGGAGACAUCUGAGCAGGCAAUCUUGAAUGGCUUGAGAAACGGUUUUUAUACAAAAAAAGAGAAACCUCUAAGAAAAAACAGCGAGACUAUUGUUAGCAGAUAUGCCCAAUGGAAAUUUUUCCAAAAGUUGAAUCCAGAAAUAACUGCUGGACAGUCGUAUUUGGAAUUCAAAAGGUCGCAGCAUGAUAGAAAAUGCCUAAUAGAAAAAACCAAAAGGUAUUUAUCUCCAGAUGGGUGGAUAAGCACACAUGUGGAUAACGUGAAUUAA